CCGCCUCCUUAGCAACCGAGGGACUCUUUCACCUUAGCAACCAGCGAAGCUCCCACCAUGGCUGAAGACGGAUUUGCUGCCCCUCCGGAGAAAGUUAUCCGGGUCCAGAGGGUGUUUAUAAACCUGCUGGACACCUACAGCAGCAGGAACAUCGGGAAGUACCUGUCUAACUGCGUCGUUGGGGCAUCCCUGGAAGAAAUUACAGAGGAAGAAGAAGAGGAAGAUGAAAAGCCAGCUGCCCGGGAAGCCUCAUCUUUCAGGCUGAAGGAGGGCACGUUCCAGAUCGUGGGCACGCUCUCCCAGCCUGAGAGCCCGGGGCCCAACUUUGCGGUGGAAACGUACUCAACCAUCUCCAGAGAAGACCUUCUCCUGCGCCUGCUGGAGUGUGACGUGGUCAUUUACAACAUCACUGAGAGCUCGCAGCAAGUGGAGGAGGCUGUGUGGGCAGUGUCCGCGCUGAGUGAAGAAGUCAGCCAUUUUGAAAAGAGAAAGGUAUUUAUUCUGCUCUCCACCGUGAUGACUUGGGCACGAUCCAAACCUCUGGACCCAGAUGAUUCUGAGGUCCCAUUUACUGAAGAGGAUUAUCGAAGAAGAAAGCAUCAUCCUAAUUUUACAGACCACAUCAAUGCUGAAAAAAUGGUUCUCAAAUUUGGAAAAAAUGUCAAAAAAUUCGCAACUUAUGUUAUUGCUGCCGGACUUCAGUAUGGGGUGGAAGAAGGCAUCUUACACACUUUUUUUAAGAUAGCUUGGUUGGGUGAGGUUCCUGCUUUACCUGUUUUUGGAGAUGGAACAAAUGUAAUUCCGGCAAUUCAUGUUCUUGACCUAGCAGGAGUGGUACAAAACGUAAUAGACCACGUGCCAAAGCUCCAUUACCUGGUGGCUGUGGACGAGUCCGUCCAUACCCUGGAGGACUUUGUCAAGUGCAUCAGUAAACACACCGGCCCUGGAAAAACCCAGAAAGUACCCAAAGAAAAUGCUUAUCUAAUCAAGGAUUUAAAACAAGAGUGUCUUGAUCAUUUGCUGGUCAACCUAAAAAUGGAAGCGCUCUUCGUGAAGGAGAAUUUUAAUAUCCGAUGGGUUGCCCAGACGGGAUUUGUGGAAAAUAUCAACAAUAUCCUCAAAGAGUACAAGCAAAGCAGAGGAUUAUUGCCAAUCAAGAUUUGUAUCCUUGGUCCUCCUGCCGUGGGAAAAUCCAGUAUUGCUGAAGAGCUGGCCAAGCAUUACAAACUACAUCACAUCAAAAUAAAGGAUGUGAUUUCCGAAGCCAUAGCAAAACUGGAGGCGAUUGUUGCACCUAAGGAGGUAGGGGAUGGAGAAGACGAGGGCGAGGAGGAAGAGGAGGAGGAGAACGUGGAGGAUGCUCAGGAGCUCUUGGAUGGCAUCAAGGAAAGCAUGGAGCAGAACGCAGGUCGACUGGAAGAUCAAUAUGUAAUUAGAUUUGUCAAAGAAAAGCUAAAAUCUAUGCCUUGUAGGAAUCAAGGAUACAUUUUGGAUGGAUAUCCAAAGACCUAUGAUCAAGCAAAAGAUCUGUUCAAUCAGGAAGAUGAGGAGGAGGAGGAAGAAGUCAAAGGCAAAAUGCUUCCCUUUGAUAAAUUAAUUAUACCUGAAUUCGUGUGUUCACUGGAUGCCUCCGAUGAGUUCCUGAAGGAGCGGGUGAUGAACCUUCCUGAGACCGUUGUGGCUGGAACCCACUAUAGCCAGGACCGCUUCCUCCGGGCGCUAAGCAACUACCGGGACAUCAAUAUUGAAGAUGAGACUGUCUUAAACUAUUUUGAUGAAAUUGAAAUCCACCCAAUACAUAUUGAUGUAGGAAAACUUGAAGAUGCUCAGAACAGACUUGCCAUCAAACAGCUCAUCAAAGAGAUUGGGGAGCCUCGAAAUUAUGGUUUAACCGAGGAGGAAAAGGUCGAAGCCGAUCGGCGAGCUGCAGAGGAACGCCUGGCUAGGGAGGCUGCCGCGGAGGCUGAGUGUGAGCGCCUUGAGGCCAUGGAGGCUGCGGAGAAGCUGGCCCGCUGGGAGGAGUGGAAUAAGCGACUAGAGGAAGUAAAACGGGAAGAAAGAGAACUGCUGGAGGCUCAGUCUGUUCCCCUGAGGAACUACUUAAUGACCUAUGUGAUGCCAACCCUCAUGCAGGGGCUGAAUGAGUGUUGUAAAGUCAGACCCGAUGAUCCUGUGGAUUUUCUGGCAGAAUAUCUCUUCAAGAACAAUGCUGAAACGCAGUAAAACUUCAAAGAUCUUGUAACAUGCAACCCUACAGAGCUAGAGAUCAACUUAACAGUGUAAUCUGAAAAAAUUGCUUUUAGAAAUGCAUUCUUAGUUUUUUGAAAAUUCUUUCUUUUUCUGUAACCAAAUAUUCUAUAAAGUAGAAUCAUUAUAAAAAGCUAAAUGGCAAUGAGUGAAUGACUACUUCAUUAAAACUACAAUUGAAAAAUAAAUUGAUAAGGCAUCUGUGCAUAGCCUAUGAGAUCAAUGCUGAUUUAAUAUUUCAUUAUUAGGUCAGUUCCAAAUAUUCUGCAUAUUCAUGCCCAUAGUAAUUUAAUUUACAGCACAAAGAAAAUCACUAGCAGGUUCACUAAUGAUUUUACACAACUUGUUAACUUAGUACCAGGUCCCAGUACCAAUGGUUAGAAAUGAAAAUAAAUAGAACAGUUGUUGAGUCUUAGUAAGUCAGAUAAGAUUGGCUUCUGUAAGGCUGCUUCUGAGUUCAGGAUCAAGAUUCUAUCUGAUGAAUCAGAGAACUGUAAACCUUGUGGUGGAAAAAAAAUCCAUGUUGCACAAAGAAUAAUACUGAUGAUAUAUGUGAUAAUUAGAAAGUUGCCAAAUAUAUUUUGACAAAUUAACUUUAUGAUAUAGGCUUAAGCUCACAAUUUUUCCCCAGCUCUGAAACCCCCUUAAAAUUCCUAGAUUUGCCUUAAAUAAGAAAUUACUUUAAUGAUAUAUAUUUUCACAAUGUAACCUGAAUAUAACUACAUUUUUAAAAUUA